AUGAUAAGCCGAAUCUAUGCAACUUUAUUACUACCCCGUGCUUUAAACCGCCGUCGUGACAAGCACAAUGAAGCAAUUGUCAGCCACUGUAAUCGCGAAGCCUGUGAUUUAAACGACCGCCUACGGAGCUUCUGCUGUCGCUCUGACCGGGUGUUCUUUCUGGACCAUGCCUUGGAAUGGUUUCCUUCGGUGCGCGUCCUUGCGGCAGACGGCCUUCACCCAAACUUCGAGGGCGUUGCACUGAUGGCUGGCCACAUCAAGCAGCUGUGUUCCCGGAACGCAACAGACGCCUCGUCUUCCUCUUGGCUAGACCACAUGCCCAGUGGUCCCAUGAAGCAAUCCUCCAAUGCCUACCAACCUGGUGUUGCGGAACUUGCGUCCUCGCCCCGCUCAUCUUCACCCCAACGCCUCCAAGUGCCCGAAAUCUACACCGAGCCAAUGACGCAAGAAAAAUCUACCUACGCCACAGUUGCUGCGAAAGCAAAUAACCAAGGACUCUCCACUCGUGAAAGGACCCUGGUCAGCCCACCGUCAUUGCCGCAUCUCCUGCUGCAGCCUCUAAACCAUCGCCCCACCUCUGCUGCUCUGGUCAGCCAUAUGCCCAUAGAGCUUUGUGGAACUCGUCUCCUAGUUUAGGUUGUAUUACUGAACAGCAGUAACUUGAAAAGCUGAACUGAAAAAUAAA